GCCCCGCCGGCCGGUUUCGUAGCGGAAGCAGGCGCCGCGCGGCCGGAAGCGGUGGGGCCGAGCGGAGCCGCCGCCAUGAAGCCGGCGGUGGAUGAGAUGUUCCCCGAGGGCGCCGGCCCGUACGUGGAUCUGGAUGAGGCAGGGGGAAGCACGGGGCUGCUGAUGGACCUGGCCGCCAACGAGAAAGCAGUGCACGCCGACUUUUUUAACGAUUUUGAAGAUCUCUUUGAUGAUGAUGACAUCCAAUGAACUUAAGUGACCAGCUAAGCAGUGCUGAGAUGUGGAUUUUUCUCUAGGAUCGCCUGUGGUGUCCAUUAUUUAUUAAAAUAAUCAAAACAGGAAAAUCACAGAGGGGGGGAAAAACCCUGUAUAAGCUGCUUGGGGAAUAUGAAAGCCACAUGGUUAAAGACAACUAAGGAGGGAAUUGUAGGCUGUUAUUUCUAGGAAGCUGUGUGUAGAUUUUUCUUAAAAUUUUACUUGCUGAUGUGCUCAUUCAAUAAAAUACUAAAGAAACCCCA